AUGCAAAAUCACUCGCCACGUAGUGUCGUCAGCGAGGCUGUAACCACAGGAAACACGAUCGCAGCUCCACCGCGCUUUUGCAAAUACGAGACUGGUGAUGAGAUCAGGCGGAGGCGCAUACCCUAUCUGCAGGAGUAUGCCGAGGCACUGGGCCCGCCGAGGAGAGAACCCAAGGCGACGUUGGAUCCUCAAGAGCAAGACAAGUUGAGUGGCGACAUGCGUGAGCUGUACGAUCGGUUACUGCCGUCAGAGGAGAGCGAGGAGAGGAGAGCGAAGCUUUURGUCAAGCUGGAGAGGAUACUCAAUGACGAAUGGCCCGGACAUGAUAUUCGCGUCAACGUGUUUGGCUCCUCGGGGAAUCUGUUAAGCUCGACAGAUUCGGAUGUGGAUGUGUGCAUCACAACGUCGAUGAAGAACUUGGGAUCGAUGCACAGCCUGGCGCAGUUGCUCGCGAGACAUGGCAUGGAGAAGAUUGUGUGUCGAGCAGCAGCAAAGGUGCCCAUCGUGAAGUACUGGGAUCCCGAUUUGAAACUGCACGCCGACUUGAACGUCAACAACACGCUUGCAUUGCAGAACACGCGGAUGAUCAAGGCCUACGUACAACUAGAUGAUCGUGUGCGACCUCUAGCCAAAAUCAUCAAGUACUGGACAAAGCGGCGCAUACUGAAUGACGCUGCCUUUGGUGGUACCAUCAGCUCUUACACUUGGAUCUGCAUGAUCAUAAGCUUUCUCCAAAGACGAAAUCCGCCGAUAUUGCCUUCUUUGCAGAAGAUUCAGGACCAUCGGUUGCAGGCAGACUCGCCAUUCGCAGAUGAUAUUGAGGCGUUGAAAAGCAGCGACACGCUCAAGGGGUAUGGCAGUUCGAACAAGGAGUCGCUGGGCGAGCUGCUUUUCCAAUUCUUCCGGCAUUAUGGAUAUGAGUUCGUGUAUCCGGAGUAUGUUGUGUCGGUGCGAGAGGGACGAACUGUGCGGCGUGAGGAGAAGGGCUGGGAGCCAUCAAAUCAUUCCAAGGCCGAGUCUAGGAACGCGCUGUGCGUUGAAGAGCCAUUCACGCAGGGAAGAAACCUGGGCAACUCUGCAGACGACUAUGCGUGGCAUGGUAUUCACAGCGAGAUCCGCCGCGCAUGCGAUCUGCUUGGUGAUGAGCUCAUGUUGAGCAAGUGCUGCGAGCAGUACGAAUUUCCGCCCGAGGAAAAGGUUACAUUCCAGAAACCGGCGCGAGGCCCAAAACCCACCUUGACGCGGAGUGCAUCGCAAUCGGGACGAGCGCAUCACGAACCAGGACCAGCCCGACAGUCUCGGAAAAAGGGACAACAUCAGCAAAAGGAUCGGGUGCCUGGAAACCGGAGAGCUUCGAGUGGUGGCUCUUAUGCUAACCGAAUACCGCCGUUCAGUCCACCAGUCGGGGCAAAUCCUUCGGACUACUUCCACGUCAAAGGGAACUUGCACGAGGCUCUGUAUCAGCAGUAUCAGUACUUGCAGCUCCAACAGGAUGCACUCAGGAAUCAACUCGUUCAUCAGCAAGCUGCCCAGGCUCAAGUAAGAUCCGGCGAAUCKCCUCGGACUAGGUCAUAUGCCAAUGGGCUCGCGAGCUCUCGCUUUGGGGACGCUGGUCCACAGACAGCGCCGCUCUUGCCUGGCUACUUGUACCACUAUCCGGCAAGGUAUGCUCCGCAGCCUGCUAAUGCCUCGCAGUCGCGAGCUCGAGAAGGUACUAAUACCAAUCCGUCGUCUCCAUCUCUGGUUGCAGCAGUUCCUGCGCUGCGCAGACAGGUGCACCGGUCCUCGGUGACGGAUGGUCCGGCUAGUGCUGGUAGGUCGCAGUCACAGCCAGGCCGCUCGUUACCGCACCCGCUCACAAUGCAACAAGUGGCUCAUCCAGGGUGGGAUGUCUCUGGGGCUUUGGGAGGUCAGCUGCAAGCGCCACGGACUUCGUCACAGGCGUACCAAAAUGGGCAUCCCAUGCUAAAUUUGCCGCUGCCACCACUUCCGGGCGGACGCCCGGGUAAUCAGCCUCUGGAGAAUGCAAUGCCUAAGGAGUACGUUGGAUACUACGUCGGUCAAUCGCCGCAGCUUCCGCCACAGUAUGGCAACCUCGCUCAGAUUCCGCCGCCGCCGAUGGCAUUGAACAACCCGCCAUUUCGGCAACGUCGUGUAACUCCGGAUCUGGUGCCACCAGCCAUGAAUGGCAGGCACACCUCUCGAUCGCCCUCUCCUUUGGGCGACUUGCACAAGUUCCCUUCCAUGAGUGAAAUAUCCGUUACCUCACCGCAGCUGCAGCAGCUGCAAAGUCCGAUUGCGUACGAGCAACGCCAACCGGCUCCAUUCUCGCCGUCGCCAGAUAUGGACCUUGGUGGACCUUUGAUCGUCAACGGGUCAAAUAGACAUGUUGCACCACAGCAGCCAGCAGAGCGAGUGAACGGGGUGAUGCCAGGAGUUGGCCUUCGACUCUCCAACGAAGCUCCGAUUCCAGUGAACGACGUUCCGUUGCCGGUGCAGCCGGAAGAGUUCCCACGAAUGCGCGCAUGGGCGCCGCAUCAGAGCCACGAAAGUGCUACUUCAAAUGGUAGUGGUGAAGUGGGCGACAGGCGCGCGGCCUCCCCACGCAUUUCGCCGACUUCAAAGCCAAAGCCAGAUCUCGGCAUCACUUUAUCCCCGAAUGGCACAGCACCUCACUCGAAUGGAGUCAAUGGACAUUUCCAUGAAAGCACGCAGCUCCCGGCACCGCUACUCUCGCCUGUAGCCGAGCUCAGGACGCCCUCCCCAACACAAUCUCGCAGCUUCGAUAUCCAAGCAGCCAGGGAAACUACCAACAAUCUUACGAAAGCUGUCAAGAUCAACAACGCCAGGCAGGUCACAAAGGAGAAUCACGCGCCACCAACGGAGUCUCGACAUGAACGUAAAGUCAGCGCAACAAACAAGGCGGCGCCCAGCAGAGGAAACGCGGUACCGAAUGGCACACCCGUAACGACGCAGCAAAAUCAGUGGCAGCAGGCGCCAUCAAAGAAAGGGCACAAGAAGAGUAAGUCUCACGGUGGUCACAACUCUCCGAAUAGGUCGGGCGGUCAGCCGCUCCCGGUGAAUGAAUCUGAGCGCAAGGGUGGCUAG